AUGUCCUUACAGAAUACUUCAAUCAAAGUAACACACUUUAUUAUAGGUGGAUUUGACACGGUUAAAAGACCUAUUGCUGUUGGUGUGGUUAUGCUGAUAACCUAUCUAUUUGCUGUUAUUGCCAAUGUGCUAAAUAUUCUCUUCAUUAUUUUUGACAAGAGAUUGCAUAAACCAAUGUAUCUUCUAAUUUGCAACCUUGCUGUUGUUGACUUAAUGUAUACCUCCAGUACUUGUCCAACAAUGAUUGGGGUUCUACUUGCUGGUGUUAAUACCAUACCUUAUGUGGACUGUUUCAUUCAGCUGUGUAUUUUCAACUGGGUGGAAGUGAUGGCGUUUUUUGCUUUAGCACUUAUGGCCUUUGAUAGAUUAAUUGCUAUAAUUUAUCCUUUUCAGUACCACAGUUACGUGACAAAUACACGUACUCUUGGUCUUACAUACAUCCUGUGGGUCGUGUCUUUGGGUGUUAGUGCAGUUAUGCCUGCAACUGCAGCUACACUUCCUUACUGUACCUCAAGGAUGAAGUACACUUUCUGUGACUAUCCUGCUGUAAUACGAACCACUUGUGUUGAUCCUAAUUACUAUUUUAAUAUAGUCUCAGUCAUGCUGUUUUUUCUCUUAUUUUUCACUUUUUCUUUCAUUGGCCUUUCCUAUAUUGUGAUUGCAUUUUUUAUGAAAUUUUCAUCAAAUAGAGAUAAGAAGAAAAUGGCAAGCACCUGCGUGAGUCAUUUGAUUGUAGUAACAUGUUAUUACUCUCCUUUAUUUGUUCUCAUUGUCUUCACCAGAGUGGGUGUGGUAUUAACACUUGAGGAACGUCAGGGUUUAUUGAUUGGGAACAUCCUUGGUCCGGCUGUUGUAAAUCCUUUUGUGUACUGUCUUAGAACAAAGGAAAUUAAAAAUAAGAUCUUUAAGAUAUUCACAAAAAAAGGGGUUCUAGUUGGAGGUUAA